AUGGAUUCAACAACGAAAGCAAUAGACCCCUACGGCGACGUCAUAGUUCUCCUCCCCACUGCCACCGCCACAACCAAACUUCGGGUAUCCUCGAAAAUUCUAUCCACCGCAUCUCUCGUCUUCCGCUCAAUGUUUUCCCGUCGCUACCGCGAAGGUGCCGCUCUCGCUUCAACCACGGCUUUGGUAGAAAUAGAAUUCCCGGACGACCCCCCGCAAGCGCUGGAGGCCGUAUUCAACGUGCUGCACUUCCGACAUGACUGUGUGAGCGCGGACGUUAGCCAUGAUGUCCUCUACGAGAUUGCGCUCGUAGCGGAUAAGUAUGAUCUCGUGGUGGCGCUGGGACCGUGGAAGGAGGAGGGGUUUAGGGAGGGGUGUCGAAGGGCGGUUAUGCAGGAUUUGGGGUGCGGUGAUGAUGGUGAUGGUGAGAAUGAUGGGGGAAAGGGAGAGAAGGGGGGGGAGAAUGUAUGGGAUUACGAUGUGCUUCCAGAGAAACUUGUCGGAUUAAUCUCGGCAUACCGAAUAUCAACCAUCAAAUCCCUCCUCUCGGUAACAGCGCAGUUCAGGAGCCUAUACCAAGGCCCCGGCAUGAAAUGCAAACUCACUAGGCCGUCAACCGCGUUCCUCUCCAACGAAAAAGCCCUCAUUUGCGACGCUGCGAUCCUAGGCUCGCUGAUCCGGCACGAGGCUGCCAUCGGAAUAUUCCCCGUGCCCUCACCGCCGUAUAAUGGGAUCUCAGUCGAGAGCCUAGCCCUGUCAAUGAAGAAACUCCUCUGCUUCGUAGACAUUACCAUGGGGCACGGGAGUUGCACGAUUUCUGGGCAGGUGGUCAAGAUGGUGAACGAGGUGCUCGCUGGGGUGGGUACGUCGGAUAUUUGGGACUCAGCUAGGAAUACGGAUGGGGAGCGGGGGCAGUAAUGAGGGAGGGGCUCGGGCCAGUGUUUGUUAUAGGAAGGGGGUGGGUGCUCUGCUACGAGGAAGAGUGGAGGACAAGGGACGGGAAGUGUGGAUAGUAAUGGAGUUGGAUGGAUAUUUGGACCUCCUUGAUAAUGGGUCUUUUUUUUUCGCCAACUGCGGUGUGUGGUGUCUUGUGAUUUUCUGGGCUGGGCUGGGCUGGGCUAGGGAGCUUUUUUUCCCCCACAAGAUACCACUGUGGGGGGGGGACAACUUUCGUAGAUCUGGUACUGUCGAAAAUAAAUUUCCUUGCAGAAUAUCAGUACUGGUACCCUUUUAGAAUUUCUUUUAUAUAUAUAUUUCCUCCCA